AUGUCCUGUCCUCCAGUAAGUUACCGAGUUCCCCAAAAAGGAUGGCCUUCCGAUCUCAGCAGUAUCCAGCAUGAAACGGUCAAACAGUUUCAUUCCAAUCGUAAAUCGCUAGCAGUUGUGAAAGGCUGCCUGAUGAUGGCCGACAGACUGGUGAUUCCGAACAGUUUGCGUCAACGAAUACUCAAGCAACUUCACCGAGGGCACCCUGGCAUUGAAAGGAUGAAAGCUGUGGCCCGAAGCUACGUGUUCUGGCCCAAAAUCGAUGAAUGCAUCACAGAGUACAUCAUACGUUGCAGCAGCUGUGCCAUACAUUCCAAAUCCCCACCAAAGGUAUCACCUCAGCCAUGGCCAGCAACCAAACAUUCCUGGGAACGAAUUCAUCUCAAUUUCGCUGGUCCAUUCUUCAACCAACAUUUUUUGAUUGUCUUCGAUGCCCACUCAAAAUGGCCCGAAACCAAAGCGGUCCGUUUUCCCACAACGUUUUCGGUUAUCGAGUUCCUGAACGAGCUGUUCUCAAGGUUUGGCGUUCCAGAAACAAUCGUAACUGACAACGGAAAGCAAUUCACAUCCAAACAGUUCGCUGCUCUCUGCAAAUCCAAUGGUAUCCAACACUUGCGAACUGCACCAUACCAUCCUCAAUCAAACGGGCAAGCAGAAAGGUUUGUCGAAACGAUGAAGCGCUCCAUGCUCAAAAUCGAGGAAGGCAAGGGUGGAAACAUUACAGAAAUUCUUCAAACUUUUCUGCAAACCUACCGCUCCACUCCCAUUCUCAAAGGGAAAUCUCCGGCAGAACUGAUGAUUGGAAAGAAAAUGCGCACUACACUGGAUUUACUACUCAAGCCGCAGUCGCAUCCCAGUGAAGGCACGCUUCCCUCCCGACGUUUCGAGGUUGAUGACGAGGUUUACGCCAAAAUUCACGAAGCCAACAGCUGGAAAUGGGUUCCUCGACAUGUGAUCGAGGCAGUCGGCAGCGUUACCUACAACGUGCUCCUGGAUUCCUGGCAUGGCCGGCGAAAGCUGAUUCGCUCCCAUGUCAAUCAAUUGAAACCUCGGCUCAACGGUCAUCAAGAAACCACCAAUCCAAGCUCUCCACUAAAUAUUUGGUGGACAUGUUUGGUCUAUCAUCUCAAUCGGUGGCUCCAACAUCGAAUUGCACUACCGAAGCUCAAGAUCCAGCGAUUCCACUACACCGGUUGA